AUAACGACGCCAUUCGUUGCGCCCUCUACGGGAAGCUUGUUUAUCUUGUUUCAACUGCCUAUUUCCGAUACAAUUGCGAAUAACUGGCAGUUUUACAAACAUCGGAUUGCUUUAUAGGCAAAAAUAGAGUGAAAGGUGAGUACAUAUUAAAAUUUAAAGUUCAUUGUUGGUUUGUCCAUAUUCAUUGGCGCCAUCUUGAAAAUCUCCGGCAUUUCUCCCGACAGCCGCUCCACCACGCAGAUAUGUCUGGAGACACCGCCAUGAAAACUUUCAGUCUUAAUUUCUCGGAAGGACUAAAAGAAGAUGUCUUAACACCCAACAAAGCAUUUAAACAUCAUCUCUUGGCUAGUGAUGGAGAAAUCCGUGACUUUUUAAGCGCAAUCGUUGUUGAGAGGAGCGAAGGCAGCGACAUCAAGUUGCACUUAUCUGUACCCAACAUAAUAAAACCCACAACAAAUGAUGCAUCCACACAAAGUUUUAUUCCUGAGUUUCGAGAUGAAGGAAUCCAGUCAACCCCAGAAUACGUUACCGCCGAGGUUCAACAUAGUCCAGAACUUAAAGAAUUUGGUAUACAAGCUGAAGCGAGCGUCACCUCAGUUUGCGUUCAGUUCUCUCCGUCCCUCUCUGACAGUAGUACCAGCUUUGACCCACUCUACGGUACGGCAACUGUCGAAAUUGAAGCAAAACCGGAAAUAGAUAGUAAAUCUGUACAACAUCAACCUGAGACAAUGAGCGUACGCAUUCAAAACUGCCCGACCACGCUAGCCAGAGCAACACAAAUAUCUCCUAAUCUUACCUCAGCUGAAGCCCAAUGCACAGUGGAAAAUACUGACGAUGGAUGUCAAUGUGUUGCGGAUAUGAUUGACAAUGAAACUCAACACCACGUCGAAACAAAAGAUGCUGAAACAGAGGUACCUCUCGAAUUUGAAGAGAAAGAAACUCAAGCAUCGGUUGAAUUGGUAGAUGCUGAAUUACAGUGCGACCCUCCCGUCGAAGAAACUUUGGAGCCUCCGACAAUCGAUAUAGAGCAAGAACAGGUUGAUCCUAAUGACGACAAAAAUGAUAAGAUAGAAGAUGAAGUACUCGAUGAAUAUGGAAUGAAAACAAGACAUACACAAACAGAUCCUGUGACAUUUAUUGGCGGAAAUAUAGCAAUUCGAGGAAAACUAAACAUCAAGCAAGUAAUUGUAGAAAAAUCUCCUAAUAAGAACGAUAAAGAAUCUUCUCCCACUCCUUCUGGCGGUCGAGGUCGUGGAAGAAGUCGUACAAGCGGAUCAGAGAGGCGGACCUAUGCUCGCAAAUCACAACUCAAUCAGAUUGCCCAACAAUUCGAAGAGGAUGAUGAAUAUGUUCCUCCUCAUCGUAUAAAGCAAGAAAACGUUUAUGGUAAAAGGCAGCGUGCAAAGAAUACGCAUUAUGCUGACUUCGAAAGAGAUGAAAAAGAUAUGCCUCAUCUAGAAAAAGAGCGAAGCCCAGAGGGUAGUGAAGAAGAGGAAAGACCUCUUCUUGAAUCAGAAGAUGGAAAAAAUUCCAAUUCCAGAAGAGGAAGAGUAUUAACCAGAGGAGCAGGUGUUCGUACUCGAGGUGGUGUAAAAAGGUAUACUCUAUCAUCACCACCAGAGAAAAUAUCGCUAGUUGGUAGAAGAGUCAAUCCACGACCAGACACGUCUCGACCAGUACCUGUACCUACACUCUCAGAACCUAGUGAAAACGGAUUUUCUUGUCCUUUUUGUACCUUUAGAUAUCAAAAUUCUAGCGAGUUAUAUGGUCAUUUACAGAUAGAGCACGCAAAAGAUAGACGAUAUGUAGGCCUAAAUAAAAAACGACCAAAUUGCAACUGGGAGGAACACCAAUUAGAACUUGAUGCCGCUGGAGAAGAACGAACUGAAGUGAGCGAGGAAGAUUUAUAUGAUAACGAUGAGCCGCCAGUUAAAAAAUUCCGAGCCACCGAUGAAAUGCCAGUUGAUGCUCUUGAUGACGAAGAUAUUGAAGAGUAUCGACCAUCUCAACCGCCAAAUACCAACCGACGAUACGUCCGAAACGAUAAACCAGUGGCUGCUGGAUUUACUCCUUAUCACUGUCCAUUGUGUCACUUGAGACUAUCGAAUUGGAGCUAUGUGUAUAAACACUUGAAUAGGAUUCAUACGGAAAGCGAAGAAUAUGACGACGUCAAGGCCAAGUUGGAAGAAAUGUGUCCUGAGCUAAUUGAGCCAAAGGAUGAUGAAGAAGAUAAGUCGGAUGAAAAAGAUGAUAUGGAUGGCGAAGAAAGCAAAGAUGAAAGUAGUCGUCAAAGUUCAACGGGUGAUUUUAAUUGUGACAUAUGUGACAAAGUUUUCUGGUCCGAAAAUCGUUUCAUUCAACAUCAAAAAACUCACGUUGUAUCAAAGAGUCACAAAUGUCAAUACUGUGAACGAUCGUUCCAACACUCUGAAAAUCUUAAACGCCACGUAUCCACUGUUCACGAAAGGUCAAAAGUUAAACGAUGCGUUUGUGAGCAUUGUGGGAAAACUUUCAAUUAUCAAAUGAAUUUACAAGAGCACAUCAUGUCUGCACAUAGGCAAAAACAACCUUACGUUUGCGAUAGGUGUAAUGUUGGAUUCGUAAGAAGAAAAGACCUUUUAGCUCAUACCUGUCACGGUUCAGAUACUGAGCGCAUUGUCGAUUCAAACGCUGCUUGA